CAAGACGCUGCGUACGCGUACUGUGCCUUGCCGCCACCGUCUCUUUUUUUUGUUGUAAUAAUUAGUCCGCAAUAUUAAAAACGUACCUGAACCGAAAUGCACUUAUUGCGCUAGUUAACACCAUUGUUCCUCCAUUAUUAUAAGAUAAUUAGGGUUUUGAUUAAUUUAAACGAAGAUGUCUUUAAUGAAGUGUUGCUUCGACACUCCCGAAGUUUCGGAUAUAUUCGAGUCAAUGGUGCAGAAAUGUACAGAUCCUGGAUGUUGUUGUGGGUGUUGCAGCGCGCUACGUCCGCGCUACAAGCGCUUCGUUGACAAUAUAUUUCCAAUAAACCCUCAGGAUGGGCUAGUUAAAUUAAACAUGGAAAAACUCACGUUUUACUCACUUAGUUCUCCGGAGAAAUUGGAUCGGAUCGGAGAAUAUCUUUUUCAAAAAGCUGCACGUGACAUUUAUAGGAGGCGAUACGGAUUUGUGAUAAUAGCGAUGGAGGCGAUGGACCAGCUUUUGGUCGCUUGCCACGCACAAACGCUAAACUUAUUCGUCGAGAGCUUUCUGAAGAUGGUGCAGAAAUUGUUGGAGUCGACCGAACCGCAACUGCAGAUACUCGCCACGCAAUCCUUUGUUCGCUUUGCCAACAUUGAGGAGGAUACUCCCUCGUAUCACCGGCGGUAUGAUUUCUUCGUGAGUAAGUUUUCGGCGAUGUGUCACAGCAAUGAAUAUGGAGAGGCACGUGAUAAGAUUCGUCUGGCGGGGAUUAGAGGUUUGCAAGCUGUGGUUCGCAAAACUGUUUCGGACGAUUUGGUCGAAAAUAUCUGGGAGCCGGUUCAUAUGGAUAAAAUUGUGCCAAGUUUACUUUACAAUAUGCAGGACUCCGCGUUUUACUUAAAGGAAUCGUACAAUACGGAUAUUGCACCUGAAGAUCAGAUUGACUCUCCUUUAUUAGCCGAAACGUGUAUGAGAGAGUUGGUUGGACGCGCUUCUUUUGGCCACAUCCGUGCUGUUCUGAAACCAGUAUUAAGACACUUUGAUCUACACAAACUAUGGGUUCCUAACCAAUUCGCGAUACACAUAUUCCGUGUUAUAAUGUUAUCUAUUCAAGCUCAGUAUUCUUACACAGUGGUCGAAACGCUGAUGGCACAUUUAGACGAGAAUUCCAAAUCGAGUCCGACGAUUCGUACAAGUAUCGCGGACGUGUUAUCGAAAAUUAUCGCAAUAGCUGCAGGUGAAAGUGUUGGCCCUUCAGUAUUGGAAAUUAUCAAUUCGUUACUGAGUCAUCUGCGUGACUCGGUGAGGCACGGCAUAAAUCAGAAAGAUGAAAAGCAGUAUCAGGAAGCGUUAAUUAAUGCUCUGGGCGAGUUUGCCAAUCAUCUUCCCGAUUAUCAAAAGAUAGAGAUAAUGAUGUUCAUAAUGAGCAAAAUUCCCUUCCCGCUUGUUGACAAUAAUACUCCCGCUGAUAAUUUAUUACAAAGUAUUUUGUUGAAGAGUUUACUCAAAGUAGGCACUAAGUAUCAGACAAUACACUUAAACAGUACCUUCCCAGUAUCAUUCUUGGAGCCUUUACUCCGCAUGUCCUUGGCUCCAGAUCCGGAUAUGAGGUUAUUGGUACAGAAGAUCUUGCAUACUCUUAUAGAUCGGCACAGUAACUUGGAGCAACUCAUAAAGCCAACAGUCAAUUCUGCCGCAUUAGCUCUCACUCUUGAAACGUCAUCCCGUCCCGAUUUAAUAUUCAUUAAUAAACACGGUGCCAUGAUAUACGACGCUCUCUACACAAGUUUGCAAAUGAAUACAAACACUAUUGAAAAUAUUGAAGCGAUUUACACUACUCUAGCACUGCUUUGUGUCGAAUUAGCUAGUGCGGAGACCAUAAUUGAUCUUUUACAACUAGUAUUGGGAAUACAAAAUUUAGCUUUAACAAGCGCCGACCUUCCAACCCCGCAGAAAUUCAAUUUACACGCCAUUGUCGCCAGCUUGUUCGUCUUAAUUUCGACAAUUGCAAAUAUUACACCUCUAUCCGAGUAUGCUAGUAAAAUAGUCAAAGCACGAAAAAAAGAGGCGCCUCACUUACUUCCGGACUUGUUAUCUAUAUAUCCGCCGAAGGCCGAACUAGCAAAUAAACUACCGCAUCUAGUAAUCGACCAGAUGGCGGUCUGUGAGUACUUAAAGUCGUCAGGUUUCGACUCCACGCGUCUGAUGCAAACGUCGCCCUACGGUGCCGGAAGGCUAGGCGUGACGUCAGGUACUCACAGGCACAGUUGGGUGGAGACGGGUGCCCGGGGCAGUAUUAUCGAAAUACCCGCCACACAAGAAGUCGACAGUGCCUCCAGCUCUCCUGGCGUUCAAAAGAAAUUGCCCGAGGAAGAGUUAACGUUCGAAAGCAUGAAGAGGGUGCUAACCGAACCACCAGAGAUACGUAAGGAAGCAGAGGCCGAAAAAAGAGAGCAACUCAGUCACAUAUUCCACACAGCUACAUUUGAGGAGUUAAAGUGUCGAACACAACCGAAGCAUGAUUUGCUCCAAAAUAAACUUAACGAAAUAUUUAAAUCGUUGUCAACAUCCGAAGUGCACCAGAGUCCAUUGCAGCUGGAUAAAAAGCAUUCGGUUCCAGUAUAUGAACAAAAUUUUCCGGAGCUGUUUCUAUACUAAUUGUUUUAUUAAAUGACAACAAUGUGUACACAGGUUUACGGUGUUACGUUUAUCUUAUUUUGUUAUUAAUUCUAUUCAAAUAAUAAUAUAUUUGAUGUUACCUUCUGAAAUAUAAAAUUCAAUUUGGA